GCACCAGGAGAAAAACCACCAGCAGCAGCAAAAGGAAGGCAGCAGAAACAGCUAAAAACACCACCUCAACCAGCAAAAGGAGCAGCGAUUGGUGGCGGAGGCGCUGCUGCGAUAAGAACUGCUGCUUUGUUCACACCACCUCCUAAAGCACCUGUAGCUGAUCCAACGAAGACCGCAGCAACAAAGCAACCAGCAACACCACCAAAGCCAGCUGCACCAAAACCUUCUGAUAAGUCAAAGAAAGACGUGCGCGCUGGUGUUGCUGUUCCCGAUGACGACACUGCACGAAUGGAGGAGGUUUCUGAUUCGUGGCGUCAAGUUAAAAAGCAAGCUUAUAAAAUGCCCGAGGAAAUGACACGACGCCGAUUGGACGAUCCAGACUACCAGACCUGGAGGGGAUUGGGGAACAUCUUUGAUGCAUCCAAAAGAACGAAAGGAGAUAUGGGAGGAGAUGGUAGUUUGGCGAAAGACCCUCGCUCAGACUCCAAAUCGAGGCUUGAUAGUAAAUCGAAUUUGUCGUCAAAGUCAUCGAAUGCGGCUAACUCAAAGAUGGAUGAGGAAAAGCAGGCAAAGAGUGAAGGCGACAAUAAAAAGGCAACAUCAUCGCAAAGCAAAUCUUCAUCAAAGGAUAACGUGCACAAUAGCCAAAGCACUGUGAGGGUAACAAUGACAAGUGAGACUAGUGUAAAUGAAGAAAAUCAAAAGGACAACACAAAAAGUGAGCACGAUGACAACACGAAAAGUGAGAACUGA